UUAGGGUUUACUCAAAGCAAGUGAGAAUAACGUUGCUCAAAGCAUGGAUCUUCCUCAAGAACUGAUCCUUCAAACUCUGUUGAGGUUGCCGGUGAAAUCUCUUAUAUUGUUCAAAUGCGUUUGUAAGCUAUGGAUUUCUAUUAUCUCUGAUCCUCAAUUUGCAAAUUCACAUUUCCAACUUAACCUUACAAAACACACUCGUAGAUUUUUAUGCAUUUCAGCUCUAUCUCCUGAAAUUCGAUCAAUUGAUUUUGAUGCAUUUCUUAACGAUGCUCCUGCUUCACCCAACUUUAACUGUUCCCUUCCAGACUCUUAUUUUCCCUUUGAAAUUAAAGGGUCAUGUAGAGGUUUUAUAUUUAUGUAUCGUCAUCCAAACAUUUACAUAUGGAAUCCAUCCACCGGAUCGAAAAGACAAAUACUUAUGUCUGCUUUUAAUACCAAAGCGUAUAUUAAUCUAUAUGGUUUUGGUUACGAUCAGUCUAGAGAUGAUUAUGUGGUGGUUUUAUUGUCCAAUAAAGUUAAUCCAUUCUUAGUUGGUGUUCCUCAAUCACAUUUGGAGGUUUUCUCGUUUAAAGACAAUACUUGGAAAGAAAUCGAGGGUACUCACUUACCUUAUGGCGACAAUUAUAGAGAAGGAGAAGGGGUGGUUUUUAAUGGGGCUAUUCAUUGGUUGUCUUCGCGUCGUGAUAUAGCUUUGGAUGUCAUUGUUGGCUUUGAUUUAACGGAAAGGAUAUUGUUUGAGAUGCCUCUUCCAAAUGAUGUUGACCACACAGAGUUGGUACAUUCUGGUUUGUGGGUAUCUGGGGAAUUUCUCAGUAUAUGGGUUAAGGAUACUACUAAUGAUACAAUUGAAAUAUGGGUGAUGAAAGAAUACAACGUGCAUUUAUCUUGGAAUAAGACUCUUGUUCUUCCUCAGUAUGUCAUUCCUGGUCACUACUUUAACCCUCUGUACUAUUCCAGAUUUGCGGACUACUUUCACCCUAUGUAUUCUACAGAAAAUGGUGAUAUUAUUGGAAAAUAUGGUGGUACUAAAUUGGUGAAGUAUAAUGACAAAGGACAGUUUUUAGGGCAUCACUCCUUCUGCAACAGUCCAUCCGAAGUUGUCGUGUAUACAGAGUCUCUACUUUCACUCUCCGGUGACGAUGAGCAUGUUUAAGAAGAUGACACAGACAAGAACAAUGAGGUUGUGAAAUACUCUCAUUU